CGCAGCGGAUCGGGACGCGGGGCGAGCCCGCGGAGCGCUGCCCGGCUCGGCGCCGCUCGGAUAGCGCGCUGCGGCGCCGCCGCCUCGUCUCCGCCGCCCAGGCGAGCGAGUCACACCGCCUGCAAGCCCAGCUGCCUGGCAGGGCGAAGGAGAGACAAACUAAACGCCAGCGAAUCCCCAGCCGCUACUCCUACCUGGUUCUAUUUUAUUUUAUUUUCUGUAAUUAUUUCGGGAAAAAAUAACAACAACAACAAAAAAUACAUCGCCGUGUUUUUAGCAAUUCGUGCUGCGUGUGCAGUUGUUUCCAGCACACCCCUGAUAAACAAAGGAAAAGGGGGAGGGGGCCCGCGUUUCGCAGAAGACAUGCGUUCCGUCAGGAAGAGGUGGACUGUGUGCACCAUAAGUCUCCUCCUCAUCUUCUACAAGACGAAGGAAAUAACGCGGACCGAGGAGCGCCAGGAGAUACCUCUUGCCGGAGAUGGUGAACUGAGUUUGAGUAGAUCAAUGAUCAAUAGCUCUGAUAAGAUAAUUCGAAAGGGUGGCUCCUCAAUCUUCCAACAUGCUGCAGAAGGUUGGAAAAUCAAUUCUUCUUUGGUGAUGGAAAUAAGGAAGAACAUUCUGCAGUUCUUGGAUGCCGAAAGAGAUGUCUCAGUGGUCAAAAGCAGCUUCAAGCCAGGAGAUGUAAUUCAUUAUGUACUGGACAGACGUCGCACUCUAAACAUUUCUCAGGAUUUGCACAGCCUUCUCCCUGAAAUUUCCCCAAUGAAAAAUCGCCGAUUUAAAACCUGUGCAGUUGUUGGGAAUUCUGGCAUUCUUCUGAAGAGUGGUUGUGGAAAAGAGAUUGAUAGCCAUGACUUCGUGAUAAGGUGCAAUCUAGCUCCUGUGGUGGAGUUUGCUGCCGAUGUGGGAACUAAAUCUGAUUUUAUUACCAUGAACCCAUCAGUUGUACAAAGAGCAUUUGGAGGCUUUCGGAAUGAGAGUGACAGAGAAAAAUUUGUGCGUAGACUGUCCAUGCUGAAUGACAGUGUCCUUUGGAUCCCAGCUUUCAUGGUCAAAGGUGGAGAGAAGCAUGUGGAGUGGGUUAAUGCAUUAAUCCUUAAGAAUAAAUUGAAAGUUCGAACCGCCUAUCCAUCACUGAGACUUAUUCAUGCUGUCAGAGGCUAUUGGCUGACAAACAAGGUCCACAUUAAACGACCCAGCACUGGUCUCCUCAUGUAUACACUUGCCACCAGAUUUUGUGAUGAAAUUCACCUGUAUGGAUUUUGGCCAUUCCCAAAGGAUUUACAUGGAAAACCAGUCAAGUAUCACUAUUAUGAUGAUCUGAAGUAUCGGUACUUUUCUAAUGCCAGUCCUCAUAGGAUGCCAUUAGAGUUUAAAACGUUGUAUGUGUUACAUAAUAGAGGAGCACUUAAAUUAACCACAGGGAAAUGCAUCCAGCAAUAAAACAUAUGUAAAGUACAAUAAAUACAGAAUAUGCAGCUCGUCAUAAAGAUGAUGUGGAAUGGCAAUGGGACCACAGUGGGGAUUUGUUUCAAUACCCACUAAGUCACUGGAAAAAGGUGUUAUAUCAGAAGUACAUAAUGAGCUAUUAUACCUGUAAAGUGCUAUAUAACUAAACUAUUUUGACUGCAAGGGUUCAAGUAAGUGCCACUUUCACUAAGAACAAAGCUUGAAUGUAUGCUCAGUAGUGUUUACAGGAUGCAGUGACACAUUCAUCACGAAUUAAAGAAGAAAAAGAGCCUGCCAAUUUGCAACAGUGAUCAGACAGCCCACACAAGAAUACCCAGUGGAUGGAAUAUUUACUUCAGUAAAUAAAUCAGGCUUUGGCAGAAAAUACCAUGACGGAUUUGAGUAAAGAAAGAGAAGUCUGUAACGUCAAACAAAUCAGUAAAUGCCUUCAGUCAGAGAACUGUUUCUGAUACUGUAUUAUAACCUCAGCUUUUGUUGCAGUUUUUCUUAUCCAUUGGUUUGGUUUUGUUGCUUUUAAGUUUUGGAGCCCUUACAAGAUUUCAAGGAUGUUAUGAGUAAUGAAAUUUUUUAUCUUAUAGAAUUGUCUUAAGGAAAAAAAAAUUGUAAGCAUGAGAGGGUGGAGGGGAACAUCAAAUAUUUUAUCAAGUGUUAUUGUGUUAUAUCCUACUGUCACACAAUCCUUAAAAUCCCAAUUGUUUUUCUAGCUAUUGUUGUCAGUACCUGUUACAUGAAACAAUGCAGAUAUCAUUUUGAUCUGACUUAAAGAGAAGUUUUUCUCUCCUGUACAGAUUUGAAGACAUACAAGAGGAUGCACUUGUUUUUGGUGCCAAAGAUUACUUUUAUACAUAUUUUUUCCUUAUCUUGGAGAAAUAGUGUGGAUUUAUGUUUCUUUGCUACUUAAGGGAACAUAUUCUUUGUUAUUUAUAUUUUUUAAGCAUCUCAAAUCAAAGCCUCUUUACUGACUUCGCAUGGAAAAUUCUUCAGAAAAAUCUGCAGGAGUAAAGUAAUUACUUCAUGCAUUCAAAUAUAUAUAUAUACACACACACACACAGAGUUUUAUUCUUGGUAGAAAGGAAAAGUCUAAAGAAACUCAGGUGACAAUGAAACUAAAGGAAAAAAAAAGACCUAGCCAAUUAAUGCAGAUCAUACAGUUCUUUAAAACUUCUAAUGCUGUUAAAUGAUCUCUUUAUUUAAUAUACCUCUUUGUGUUAUCUAGAUGUUCUGAUGUGUAACUGACUGAAAUAACACAGAGCUGCAUUAUCUCACAGUGUUUUUUUGAUCAUCACUCUUGUUUAUCAAAAAAAACCAAGUGUUCUUUCACUUCCUUCUUUCCAAAAAAAACCACAAGAAAUUACAGGAGCUUAGGAGAGGGUGGAGUGUCAGUACAGCAUACAUUAAGAAAAAAAACUUGUCAUCCUGUGAUAUAUUUUAGUGCUAAAGGAGCACAUAAAUGGUAACAGCAUGGUUUCACAUCUCUCCUGUUAUGCUUGGCUAAGGAGCAGGCAUGCAGGUAUAAUGUAUGGAUAUUUUCUUGUUAUGUUUUCAAAGCUACAUUAGGUCCUGAUCUCCAAAUACGAUUUUCAGUGUAUCUAUUGAAUUUUGAAUUAGUUUGAACAAUUUCAUAUGUAUCAUCACUCUCACAAACAUUUUCUAGCUGAAAAUGCUCUUUUUAUUACCCAUUUUCUCCUCUUAAGUUUAUGUAUUCUUCAUGCAUGAUUGGAGAUCUGCAGUUAUCUCUGACCUUUAAAAUCAAAUUUGGUAGCUAAAUCACUGCCUUGCAGCCAAAUAUUACAGAAAGUAGAAAGUCGGUUCUGUUACAUGUAAGACACAGUAACAUCUUUCCUUAUUCACCAGACUUUCCUACCUAGGACAGUUUACUUUGGCCAAAUGCUAAUGUGCAAUAAGUGGUCCUAACACGAAACUCACUGAAACCAAGGCAUCAUGAGGAACUAAACAGCCAUGCAGACUGAAAUAUGUUUAAUUUGUUGUUGAUAAACCAGAGGGUGCUAUUUGUUCACUGUGUAUGUCUUCAGUUUAAUACAAGGUUAUUUCUUUGAUGAAGCGUGAGCAUAUUCCUGUUCUUGCUGUUAGGGUUUUGCUGCUGUUGAUCUUCUACAGCAUAUUUCAUAUACUUUGACAAAAUUGAAAUAAAAAAUUCACAGAUUGCCAGUCUCUCAGAAGCUCAGAGAAACAUCUGCUCAACUUUAUCUUCUGGGAAUGUCUUUUCUUCUCUCUAGUGUCAGGCCAUCAACAAACAGCAUGCUCAAGUAGUGUAAAAUAUUAACUGACAGGUGAUUUUGUUCACCUGUGGAAGGUUUGAAUAUGCCAACUGAUUACGUAUCUGACAGCUGAGUCAAUGGGGACUGUCUUAUUCCUUGCAAGUAAAAAAAUUAUUUGUGCAAAUGAAUAAAUGAAAAUAAUACUAUGUAAAUAGAAAGGUGAGAAAAUUUGCCUUUAAAUGUCAGCAGAAAUAUUAAACCUUGGCCUAAACAUUGGGUUUGCACGCUUCACAUUUGAUUUUCUGCAAGUGAAGUUAACUUUAGUACAUGAGCCAUGGAGUCCAGAUAUUUACCCUAUCACUGAAUUUCUCUUACUUGGUUUGGCACAAGACAUGACAGUGUCUUGUCAUGCACCUGCUUCAAAGACAACAGAGUUUUUCCAUCCCUCCUCAAAACUGGGCCUUAACCUCAUGUUCUGCAGGCUUUCUACCUUCAGUAUUGCACUCUUGGACACCAUGAGCCAUAGGCUCAGGGCACUCCACUGUCAUCCACACUCAUCCUUCUCACAGCACUCAGCACCCUACCAAAACAAUGGGACUCCACACCAGUCCACCUGUUCUUUCACCUGUCUCACUUUAUCCUGAGCUGAGGUGUGAUACAGUGAGGAAUGGGUCUCAAACCAUUCUCUGAGGAAAGCAGCAGUUUUAGUCCUUGACUGUGUAGGUUUCCGCAAGUACUAGGGGUCAUUUUACACUGUUGUUCUUGUAUAAGACCUGCGUCCAUGUGGAGCCCAAAGGUUCUGGGAGGCUGCCUGGUGGGUGGUUUGUUGUGCUACGAAUUGUUUUGGUAUGGUUUGUGACCACCAGUUAGUGCUUGCUCUAAGGCGACCUGAGGUGAGAUAUGCCCAGGACAUUCCCUGUUGUUUGCACUCUACAACUGGGAAGCUGUAGCAAUGUACUCAUUGUAGACACCCUUCUUACCUUUCCCUUGUACCUUGUACUUUCUGUACCUUCUUGGAGCAUUUCUGAUAAUGUACCCCAGGAUCUAAAUGGAGAAACACGAUUACUUCCACUGUGUGGCUUUUUCCCUAAAGGUGACCCAGGGCAUUGCAGCAAAGUCUUAACUGCUGUGUAGAGACUUCAGCAUGGAACAGAUUUCACUUUGUGGUUCUUCACUGGUUAGUAGUCAACAGCUUAAGCCUUCAUAGCUACCUUGGGUGAUUUCUGUUGUUUAUCCUCAUUCACACCUCUGCUGCCACAGCACAGAGCAGAUAAUCAAUUUAUAUUACAAUUGCCACUUUCAAAAUCCAACACUAUCAACAACUAAUACAAAGCAGUAGGAUAAAAGGAAAGAUCCCUAAUGUUGUAAUGUUAUCUGCCCUGGUGAAGAACAACUGAAAUGCCAAUCAGUUGUGUUCAAAGUGUUUCUCAAAUUUGUCCUCUCAUCAGCUAUAUUAAUUGCCUGCUGUAGUUCCUAAAUGUACAUUAAAAAAUAAGAACUGGAAACUAAAUCAAGGCAGCAGAACACGUAUAUUUUUCCAAAGCUUAUGGCAGCUUUGCAUUAAAUAACUUGAUUCCAUUGAGAUAAAUGGAUUGUAAAUUGCUUAUUAAGAUACAUGUUAAUGUUUCUGUGACAGUCUUUUAUUUUCAUACAAAUAAUAGAUAAAUGUUUGAUUGUUAACUUUUCAGCUUUGGGACAGUUCUCUUCCACAGCUCUGAGCCACUCUCCAGAUAUAAGUUCUACUGAACCUUUCAAAUCUGAGUCUGAUGUAAUAAUGACUGUAUUAUUCUUUUGUUAAACAAUAUAAGCAACAAGUGCUUGAGGUCAGUACUUUUUCUCUAAUUGACUGAAAUUUAAAGAAAAACAGGUGCAGGUUCAGUACCUUUUUUAGUGGUUGAUCUAGCAAAGUGCUAAGCACUCUUUGUGGUGACUUUCCUGGGAGAGCUGUGUCCAGGAUUUAGAUGGGGAUCUAGAUUAGCAUAUUUCAGGAUAGAAAUCUGAAAUUGCACAUUAUUUAUUUUUAAGGGCACUGUUACUUUGUGUAGGGAAAAGCACAAUUGUUAUAAAUGUAAAUAAAGGAAGAGCAUUUACAGAGAUUCAUACCUGCACAGUACUAUUGCUACUGUAUGUCAUACAAUUUCUGUGGUUUAAAGUAUUGAUAAACAUUCUCUCAGAAUUGUCCUGUUUGACACUGUUAGUCUUAUUUCCAGUACAGCUAUGGGGAUUGUUUUUUAUUUGUAUGACUUAAAAAUAAAAUGU